UCCUGGAGACUGGAGGCAGACGGGAAGCGCCACGGGGCAGGCUGAGGUGGCGAAGCAGCUCUGCCGAGAUGUUCAGUCAGGGCGCCAGGACCCCAGCUUCAGGCUGCUACUAUUUAAAUGCCAGGACUCCCGAGGGCCAGGAGAUGUUCCUGCGCUUUGAUCAGACUGCGAGGCGCUCUCCUUACAGGAUGAGCCGGAUUCUAGCCCGCCACCAGCUAGUGACUAAAAUCCAGCAAGAAAUUGAGGCGAAGGAAGCAUGUGACUGGCUGCGCGCCGCUGGAUUCCCACAAUACGCUCAGUUAUAUGAGGAUUCACAGUUUCCCAUCAACAUUGUGGCUGUCAAGAAUGAUCAUGAUUUUCUUGAAAAGGACCUUGUAGAACCUCUUUGCAGACGGCUGAACACAUUGAACAAGUGUGCCUCAAUGAAACUUGAUGUGAACUUCCAAAGGAAAAAGGGUGAAGACUCAGAUGAAGAAGAUCUCUGCAUCAGUAACAAAUGGACUUUCCAAAGAACCAGCCGCCGGUGGUCUCGCGUGGAUGACCUCCACACUCUGUUUCCAGGGGGUGACAGAAAUGGGUCCUCGGGAGACAUUAGGAUGAGAAACACGACCAGCAGUGAAAGCGUCCUCACCGAUCUGAGCGAGCCCGAGGUCUGCUCCAUCCACAGUGGCAGCAGUGGAGGCAGCGACAGCCGCAGUCAGCUAGGCAGCCACAGCGCCGGCCGAGAGGCCCUGGACAGCUCUGGGCACGGGGCAGACAGCCCGGUCAUGCUGGAUGCCACGCUCCUCAGCACCCGCCCACAGUCCCCCAAGGACACUCAGAACCACCCCUUUCACCUGAAGAAUGAGAAACCCACCCGUGCCAGAGCCAAGUCGUUUCUGAAACGCAUGGAAACCCUCCGAGGGAAAGGCGCCCACGGGAGGCACAAGGCACAGGGCCGGACAGGUGGCUUGGUGAUCAGCGGGCCUGUGCUCCAGCAGGAGCCAGAGUCCUUUAAGGCUAUGCAGUAUGUCCAGAUUCCUAAUGGGGAUCUCCGGAACGUGUCCCCUAGCAUAGGCCGCAAAGGGCUGGCCUGUGCCAGCAAGUGGGGCACUGAAAGCAGCCAGUCGGAAAACAGCGGCAGCGGCCUGGCCAUGCCCGGCCCAAAGGAACGCAAGUGCCAGGAGACCAACAAGCGUGGGGGCAUGUACUUGGAGGACCUCGAUGUGCUGGCAGAGACAGCACUCAGGGACAUGGGUGACCAAAACCACACAUACGAGUUCCAUUCCCAAGAGAACUUGGUCGUACAUGUUCCCAAGGAUCACAAACCAGGAACGUUCCCCAAGGCGCUCUCCAUUGAAAGCCUCUCACCAACCGACAAUGACAAUGGCGUGAACUGGAGAACCGGGAGCCUCUCCCUGGGCAGACAGCAGGACUCUGGGGCCAGGGAUCCCAAGCUCAUGGCAUCCUGCCACCGAGCCAGCCGAGUCAGUAUUUAUGACAACGUUCCAGGCUCUCAUUUGUAUGCCAGCACGGGAGACCUCUUGGACCUGGAGAAAGAUGAUAUCUUCCCCCACUUGGAUGAUAUUCUGCACCAUGUUAACGGACUCCAGGAGGUAGUGGAUGACUGGUCCAAAAACCUCUUGCCUGAACUGCAAGCACAUGAUGCACUAGUUAGAGGACCUGGCUUGUGCCCCCUUCCAUCUUCAAAUCAGAUCACCUUAGACUUUGAAGGCACCUCUGUCUCCGAUGGUCGGACAACACCCAGUGAUGUGGAAAAAGAUGGAACCUCCCUUAAUGAGUCGGAGGCCACAGGAGUGAGAGAAAGGAGGGAUUCUGGUGUUGGAGCCUCUCUGACCAGGCCCAACAGGCGCCUCCGGUGGGACAGUUUCCAGCUCUCCCACCAGCCGCAGCCGUCCACAGCGUCACCCCACAUCAGCAGCCAGACCGCCGGCCAGCUCAACCUGCUGCAGCGCUUCUCACUACUCCGCCUCACAGCCAUCAUGGAAAAAUACUCCAUGUCCAAUAAACAUGGCUGGACAUGCCUGUCUCCACGGUGUGCCCCAGGAGGCAGGCAUGACCUGGUUUCUGUGAAUUCUAGGUCGGUUCCAAAGUUCAUGAAGAGGAUGAAAGUUCCUGAUUACAAAGACAAGAUGGUCUUUGGCGUUCCUCUGAUAGUUCACGUCCAGAGAACGGGACAGCCUCUGCCUCAGAGUAUUCAGCAAGCACUGAGAUACCUACGCAGCAGAUGCCUUGAUCAGGUGGGUCUUUUUCGAAAAUCUGGUGUGAAGUCUCGAAUCCAUGCUUUGCGUCAGAUGAAUGAGAACUUCCCUGAGAACGUGAGCUAUGAAGACCAAUCUGCUUACGAUGUAGCAGAUAUGGUGAAACAGUUCUUCCGGGACCUUCCAGAACCUCUUUUCACUAAUAAGCUCAGCGAGACCUUCCUCCACAUCUAUCAGUAUGUCCCACAAGAGCAGAGGCUGCAGGCUGUCCAAGCUGCCAUCCUGCUGCUGGCCGACGAGAGCAGGGAGGUUCUGCAGACGCUGCUGUGCUUUCUCCACGACGUGGUCAGCCUGGUGGAGGAGAACCAGAUGACGCCCAUGAACCUGGCCGUGUGUCUCGCCCCUUCCCUCUUUCAUCUUAAUUUAUUGAAGAAAGAAAGCUCACCCAGAGUCAUACAGAAGAAAUAUGCCACUGGGAAGCCAGAUCAAAAGGACCUCAAUGAGAAUCUGGCGGCGGCUCAGGGACUGGCCCACAUGAUCAUGGAAUGCGACAGACUUUUUGAGGUCCCUCUUGAGAUGGUCACACAAUCGCAUAGCUCUUAUGUGGAGGCAGAGGUCCACGCUCCAACUCUGGAUGAGUUGGGUACGCAGGUAGAUGAGAGUGGGGCAACUUUCCAUACUUACCUGGACCAGCUUGUCCAGAGCCUCCAGAAGGAAGCCAAGGAGAAGUUCAAAGGAUGGACAGCAUGUACCAGUGCAGACAACACAGAUCUUGCUUUCAAAAAGGUGGGAGAUGGGAAUCCUUUGAAGCUGUGGAAGGCUUCUGUGGAGGUGGAGGCACCACCCUCGGUGGUUUUGAACCGUGUGCUGAGAGAGCGUCACCUAUGGGAUGAGGAUUUUGUGCAGUGGAAGAUUGUGGAGGCGCUGGACAAGCAAACUGAAAUCUACCAGUACGUGUUGAACAGCAUGGCCCCCCAUCCUUCCAGAGACUUUGUGGUUCUCAGGUCAUGGAAGACAGACUUGCCCAAGGGAAUGUGUACCCUAGUCUCUCUGUCUGUGGAGCAUGAUGAUGCCCAGCUCCUGGGUGGUGUUCGAGCCAUGGUGAUGGAUUCUCAGUACUUAAUAGAACCAUGUGGCUCUGGCAAGUCGAGACUGACCCAUGUCUGCAGGAUAGACCUGAAAGGUCACUCCCCAGAAUGGUACAGCAAAGGCUUUGGACAUCUGUGUGCAGCGGAAGUGGCCAGGAUUAGAAACUCUUUUCAGCCCCUCAUUGCUGAGGGUCCCGAAACUAAAAUCUGAGUUUUCCCCAGUGUGACAUCAAACUCAGGGAAGUGGAAGAAAAAGCAAGCACUUGUGGGAGAGCGUGUGCUCGGGAAAAGCAAAAGCAGGAGAGAACCGGACAUGGUCCAAGCCUGAAAGUGGGAACACUGCCAAGUCGGAAAGUUGACCACAGAAGAAUUCUAGAGAAUUUCCCUAGCCUUCCUGGAGAUGGCUGCAUCCCUAACUAAUAGAAUAUUUUUAAAAAUCAGAACAUUUAUCUAUAUUGCUUAAAAUUAAAUGGAUUGUUCCUUAAUAAUUCGCCUUGCCUAAUUGGCUAUUUAAAGGCUUCUAAGAAGCAUUUUCAUAACUGUAAAUAAAUGUAUGUAUAGCAUAUGUA